GUCCUAACAAAUUUACAGCAUAAAUCACAAUAUUUUCUUUUUCCAGUAGCUAAGAGAAUCUAACAUACACUAAAAUACUAGUAGGUUUUAUGUUUAGCAUUUCUUCAUCUGCACAUCUUGUAUAGUUCUGGGUACAAAAUCAUCCUUUUAUAUAUUAUGACAAAACGACCUUACAUACGUUCUAUAUAUUCUUGUUGUUCUUCAUAAUAAUCCUGGAUACUCUUUUACACUACCGACUUUAGUUUACAUAUGAGUGACCAUUUUACAUCAGUGAUCAUCUAUACUAUCUGAGUGUUCAAAGUUUUCGAUGAUGAGGCUUGUUUAUCUCAUUUUCGUAGUCCUUCUAUUCACACAUUGUGAUGCAAGGAAAUCAGUAAUGUUUUCUAAAAUGUUAUCAAGUCCUAACAAUCAAAAUAUGAAACACUUGAAAAUUUUGGAUUUGGCAAAAAACUUGAAUAUGCUAUUGGAUGUAUCAGUGAAAGAUUCAUCAAAUGCUGAACCUUAUGUAAGCUCCCCAUUUAGUUUACCACCUUAUGAUUAUCUAGCUCCAGAAUCAUUACCUGAAAAUAGUAAUACACCACCAUUUUGUGUAUACCCACCACCCAACCCACAAACCCCUUCCACUACUAUUCCAAGCCCGGUCGAUUAUAACCCUACACCGCCUUCUAGCCCACCUCCUUCUAGUCCUACUAAUGUCUUACCUUCCCCUACCACGCCGGACUUAUCUCCUAGCCCACCAAGCAUCAUUUCUGGACCUCCGGAGAAUGAACCAAACCCACCUAACUAUGAACCAAGCCCACCAAGUCGUGGUGACAUCCCAAGCCCAUCAAGUGGUAACAUCCCAAGCCCACCGAGUAGUGGUGACAUUCCAAGCCCAUCAAGUGGUGACAUUCCAACCCCACCACAAAAUGUACCAUCUCCAAUAGGCUUUGAACCAAGCCCACCAGUUUUCGAACCAAGUCCACCAGUUUUCGAACCACCAGUAGUGUAUCCACCACCAACGGUACUUCCAUCACCACCCGGUGGUGGUGGUGGGCAUGGGUCGGGUGGUGGUGUUUGGUGUGUCGCGAAACCAUCAGUACCGGACCCAAUUAUCCAAGAGGCUAUGAACUAUGCAUGUGGAUCAGGGGCUGAUUGUGGCCCAAUACAACCAAAUGGCCAAUGUUACCAUCCUAACACACUUCUAGCACAUGCUUCUUAUGCCUUUAAUAGUUAUUGGCAAAGGACCAAAGUUGCUGGAGCCACAUGUUCUUUUGGAGGGACUGCAAUUCUUGUCACUGUUAAUCCAAGUUCACAAGGAUGUCAUUUUGAUAGUACUUAAUCACUAUGUGCAACCGUGCAAGGAUGUCCAUAUCUAUUGAAGGCCAAGUAAUAGUUGUUGUCCAAUUUCAGCACACAACUUUAAACGACACAUGCCAUGGACUUUGGAGAAAACAAUGGCUCAAUUCAAGUUGGAUAAUUCCAAGGCUAUUUGUAGCAUUUUAUUUUAUUUUUUUCUUAUUGAAUUUGAAUUAGGAAAAGUCAUAAGUUUUGUACUUUGGUGUAGAUACGAGUGACUGCUAAGCCACUGAAUUAAUUAUUUUAAAUAGAUUUUUAAAAUAUUAAGCGAAU